AUGGUGGAUGUGGUGGAUGAACAGGGCAGGCUUGGAAUGUCAGGCCGAGCACUGGAGGUGCUGGACCUGGAGAGACCCAUGGUGUGCCCGGAGUGUGAAGAGACAAAGGUGACCAUGCAGAGACACAUGCAGAACCUGAGGCACAGCAAGGAAGAGCUGAACAGUCUUAACCAGGCCAUCCAGCAGCUGACUGUGGAGCCCUGCAAACUAGAAGGAGCCAAGCACCCACCAGCUCUGCAGGAGCAGGGUGCCUCAGGCAGUGCCAAGGGCAAGCUGGCCUCACUGGAGGCUGCUCUGCAACGGGCCAAGCAGGACAUGGUGCGACAGCUUCGGGAGUACCAGGAGCUAAUGAUAGUCAAGCUGGGCCUGGACUUUGAGAUCGCCACCUACCGCAAGCUGCUGGAGGAUGAGCAGAGCAGGCUUGGCCUAAGACUGGGAGCAGGGAGCCUCACCCAGGGCGGUGAUCCCACCAGCCGGCCAGGCUCCGCCUUGGGCUCCGCUAGCCUACUGCCGCCACCAGCGGGUUCCGACACCCUGGAUGCGAGCGCCCCUGGCGACGGCUGUGCGCUCUGCAGCUCCUCCGGCUGUGUCGGGGAUUUCAGCAGCAGAGGCUUCCGCGGAUGUUGA